AUGGCUUGUCAAUUUGUUAAAGAAGAACAUCAAAGAGUAAAGAAAUUCUUGAACUUUGAUGAUAGACAAGAUUAUGAUGAUGCUCAUAGAGGUUUUAUUGCUGAUAUUCCAGAUGGAAUCAUCAAAUCAGAAGAUGAUUCUAUUGUCUAUAAUAUUAAUGAAACAAAUUUUUUAGAAGAUGAAUGUCCAGAAACAGUUAAUCCUAGUCUUUGGAGACAGUGUCAGUUAAAUAGAGUUCAUGGUUUAUUUGAAGUUAUUAAAGGAAAAAUAUAUCAAUUUAGAGGAUAUGAUAUUGCUAAUAUGACUUUUAUUAAAGGAGAAAAAGGUUGGAUUGUGAUUGAUACAUUAUGUAGUGUUCCAGGUUGUAAAGCUGGUUUAGAGUUAUUCAGGUCUCAUGUUGACAGACUUCCAAUUACCGCUGUUAUUAUCACUCACUCACAUGGAGACCAUUGUGGUGGAUUAGAAGCAGUAUUAGAAGAAAAUACUGUUGUUUAUUGGCCAAUGAAUCUUAGAGAAGAAUUUGUAAGUGAGAAAAUGCUUGCAGGAGUAGCUAUGGAUAGAAGAUGUGUUUACAUGUUUGGACAGAAUCUCCCUCAGAGUAAAGAGGGAUUUAUUGGUUGUGGUCUUGGUCAAGCAGGAUGUCAAGGAUCAAAAAGUCAUUUAA